AUGAGGGAUCGCUUCACGUUCAAAAAAGAAGGUGCGAUCGGAGUGACAGAUUUCGAGAGGAACGUGGAAAUUGGGAAAAUGAAACGCUUGGAGCAAGAGAAACAUCAGGAGCCCCAUCCAGGCACUGAUAAUUUGACUUCCAUCACGGAUUUGCGAGGUGAUAAAGAGAAAGAGCAGCUGGUCGCGGAAAGUAAAAAACGUAGAAGAGACGCGAUGGAGGACUACUGGGCAUCCAAAGAGCAACAGAUUCUCGAGCUGAAGGCUAAGAGAGGAGGGAAAAAACUGGGUUUCGCAGAAACUGCAAAGGAGAAUGAAACGACACCUGAACAACAGCGACCAGGGAGCGGUGAACCUAUACAACAAUUUGGCUCGAAAGAAGUUGGCUCGAAAGGAGAAGCCCCGUGA